AUGAGUUCACUGAAUACAGCAGCUGUUGGAUUUCUUGCAGUUCCAGCGAAGCUUCCAAAAGAAUGGCAACCCAAACUGAAUGAAUGGAAUCCAUACCACUGCAGCCAUCCUGAUGUAGCCAGAGCAGGUUGGAGAAAAUGGAGUGCUGAACAGCCCGGCUGGCAGGCUUGGAAAGCUUCCUCUCGUCACCCGGACUGGUACAAUAGAGAGGUUAACUACAUUGUACAAGCAAACAACAAGAACAAGAACUGGCACUGGGAACAGCCAUCCAAACCAACCAGCAGACAAUAUGCUUCCAUCCCUGGCGAUAAUGAGCCGACCCUGAAAGUUGGCCAGAAGCUCUUCCCUCACAACAGGGGUUACCAUGGAAACUUAAGCUACCCUCAACCUUUCCCCCAGGAAGUGCCCACUCCCAAAUGGGGGUUGUACCAUCCUGGUCACUAUCAGGAGCCAACCAGGCUCAACCAUUUCCCCCCUAUUCACCAUGAAGGGUAUCAGAAAAGAGAUCAAUGA